GUCUAGAUAUCCAUCUACCUGUCCACACUAGACUAGAGAGGAUGAACUUCCCGGAAAGCGAAGAAACGGGGAAGAGUGUAGUCCCCUCCUCUUUUUUAAUUUGACUAGAGAGGGGGUCAUCGCAGCGCCUUCCAGCCAUCUAUUUGUCUGGCCGAUUCCUGUCGACGGGAGUGGAAGAGUGAAAUACAGCGAUACCGGCCGGUGAGUGUGGAUGUCUGAGAUCAGUUUCAGUGAAAGGAAACAGGGCAGUUGAGAUAAUUCUGUUCAUACUCAUUUAAACGCAGAAAUGAAGGUGAUGCACUUUAGAGUUGGAGAAGAAGUCGAGGUCUUCUAUGUACUAGAAAAAAGGAAUGUGGAAGUUGGUGGAUGGAUUCCUGCGACCAUUUUGGAUGUGGACGGAUCCGAAUAUUAUGAGGUAGAGACUAGGACGCUGCUGGAGAUAAAUAGGAUGAAAAUGCGUGUUGGAAGGGAUAAAAUAAGACCUCGGCCGUCUCCGGAGGAUGAUCAAAAUGAUAGGAUCUUUGAGGAAGGCCAAGUCGUUGAGAUACUUUAUUAUGACUUGUGGAUCACUGGGAAAGUCUGGGAAGUCCAUCAUCAUGGCACAGCUGGGACGAACAACAUCUCUUAUUCUGUCCUUGCCUUGCAUCCAUAUUGGUCUGGUAAGCUAAAAAUAUAUUCAGUGUCCAGGUCGCAAGUACGAGUACGGCGGCAAUGGGUGGAUGGGGAAUGGGUUCCUACGCCACCGCGACGUUUACAUAAUCAACAGGGUCUUUCUAUACCUUCAAUCAAGAGUCGAGACUUUUCCAGUGGGCUCAAAGACCAUUCCACAAUAGAAAGGGGGUUCUACUUUACUUCAAGGUCUGAUGAAAGAACUACUCUUCUUCAAUUAAGAGACAGUGGGGCUCAAGUUGAGGUUUUUGAGGAUUUUACGAAUAAGUGGAUACGUGCCACCAUUAAGGAAUUGCAGGAAAACCAAAUAAGAGUUCAAUAUAAUGUUUGGUCUUGGAUUAAAAAUUCUUUGCAUGAGAUUGACAAGUUUUAUGAUAUGUCUCGAGUAAGGUCGCCGUUGCCACCUAAGAUAAAAGAUGGGAAAAUCUCCCUUAAUUUGCACCAAGUGAUUGAAGUGUGGAACAGUGACUAUCUUGCAUAUGGUAAUGGUUGGUGUCUGGGAGAGGUCUUGGAGAUAAGUUAUGUCAUGAAUGACUCAAUUCCUAUACAUUAUUGUGUCAGCCAUCCAAGAAUGGGCUACAUAAAUGUGGAGGAAAGUGAAAUAAGGAUUUGUCAAAAAUGGGAAAAUGGUCAAGGGUUUCAACCAUCGUCGGCUUUGAAUAUGGCACCGCCAUUAAAAAGAAGAAAAAUGGAGGAGACUCAUUCAUUAAUUGGAGCUGAGGUUGAAGUCUACAGCUUUUAUCGGGAUGGAUGGAUUACGGGGACCAUAGUGGGAUCGGUUGGAAACCAAAUUGAGGUUGAGGCUGAGAUUAGGAGAGAAUUGUGGAGAAUAACUGUUGAUGCGUGUAGAAUAAGGUCUCGACCAGCUGCGGAAAGAGAGAACAAUCGGAUUUUCAAGGAAAAUGAAGUAGUUGAAGUACAAGAUGAUAAUGGUGUUUGGAAGAAAGGAGAGAUCUGGGAAGUACAUCAUGGUACAAGCUGGAAGAACCUAUUUUAUACCAUCAAGGUAGUGGACGUUUUUGAUAUAUUGAAGGGUGUAUCGAAGUCCCGAAUAAGAGUUCGUCCGAAGUGGGUGGAAGAAAAUUGGACAGAUUCAAGUUUUGAGCAGCACUCCUCCUUUCCUUCUUCUACGGAAUUAAAAAGGGUUGAUGAUGGCACAUGGGAUAAGAGGAGAUUAGGUCAUUGACAAAAGUGGUGGAUGAACAACAUAAUGUUCCCUUCCUAAAUCCUGCAGAAGCAGGAAUAUCAAAUGCGAUUAGGCCUGUAAUUGGUGGCUCAUCUUCUAUCAAUCGUAAGACAUUACAUGGGAGCAUUGUAAAAUUU